CAUAGUAUCACAAAUACUAUUGUCCAAGAAUAACGUCAGUAAAAUUGUACUAUUUUUUUGAAAAUCUAAAUACUUACAUAAUGACUAUUUCAACGAAUCUGACGAUAAUUAAUAUCCAAGCACCAGAAAUGUGUGUUUAAUUCUCGAGGUUAAAUUCAAUUUUGGAAAAACCGACUAGUUAAGCUGCUAAAAUGCCGUAAUCUGACCCGUAUGGUGACAGAAAUGUAAUUAAUUUAAAAAACAUGACGACGAGAUGCUGCAUUUUUAUUUUGUUCAUAGCAUUAAUGUGUAUGGUCAAUUCCCAAAAUGUAUGUCACAAAUGUGAAUGCACUAUCAGCGAGGAAUAUUCAGACAUUCGAGCAGUGCGCAUGGUACAACCAGUGUGCAACGAAGGUUGUUUCAAAUGGUAUAAUGUUUAUGGAGGAGCUCUCCGUAUUAACUUUAAACCAUUUUUUCUUCACGUUGGUGAUUUCCUGUUGUGUUUCAUUUUGUAUGCAGAAAAUGUAAGAGUUCAGAUUUCACAAGAACUUCCAAAUAAGUCUACAUACAGUGUUAACUUUAAACGACCAGCUGGCUUAAAGCGACUUCUAGCAGUAGACGGCAGAACUAAUGAGACAUGUAUAAUGUCCUCUGGUGAAAGCAUUCAUUUAUUUCUAGAACCAGAAAGAACUGUAGAGUCUGUUGGGUUUAGUUUUGUUGACAUGCAAUUCAUAAUGAAAAGAAAGAAGACAUAA